GUCUAUGCUGGGGGUUUCUUCCCGGGAGGUUUUAGCGCGCGUGCAGAGGCAGCGGUGUGUCCAUGGUGCUUGUUGAUAAUUGUUUCCGUUUUGAUCCGACAGGACCAAUAUGCAGCGCGGUUGGCUUCAGUCAGGUCCGCUGUUGUGGCUCUGUGACGUCGGCAAACAGGUGAAAGUGAAGGCGGGAAAAGAUGAAGAGCUUCGCGGCUGGCUGCUCACCGUGGACCCGGUGUCCUCCAGCUUGGUUCUGGUAACCUUCAAGGAGGAGGGUGCUACGGUCCGGGUGGUGAUGGGUCACGCUGUGGAGGAGGUGACGAUCUUGCAGGAAGCGGAUCAGAAGACGGCAGCACAGCUCCGGAUCUUCUUCCCCCCCCCGACCUCCCCCCACCUGGACCAAGAAGAACUGAGGAGGAGGAGGGGGGCGGUCCGGUGGUGGCUGGAGAAGAACCGGGUUCCUGUGGUGGAGGAGGGGGAUGAGCUGAGGGUGGCGGGAGUUCUGAUUCUUACAGCUCCAUAUGGACCCGAAGACUGCCGCAGCUCCAACCAGAUCAUCCUGGACCGCAUCCAGAGACUGAUCCGGAUCCAGCCGGAUACUCCAGAGACUGAUCCGGAUCCAGCCGGAUACUCCAGAGACUGAUCCGGAUCCAGCCGGAUACUCCAGAGACCGAUCCGGAUCUGGUUAUCUGGAUCUUUCUUUCCAGUUAAAAUAAUUUAAGCUCCGCCCACACUGUGAUGUCAUCAUAGAUAAAUCAUUCAUUAUCACUUUUACUUUGAUCAAUCAAGUUGUUCAAAUUCAAAGUCGAUCAGAUAAGUUCAGUUAUUGAUCUGUGGAUUGUUGGAAACGAUUGAUCCUGAUUAUAAAGCUGUCAGACUGGACCUGGAAUGGGUCCGGGUCCUGAUUCUGGUCUUGGUCCUCAGCUAUUAAAAUACAGCUGAAACAAAGAUGUGUCUGAAGUCAAUUAAAGCUUUGUUUUUGCCUUCUUGAAGAAAUAAAAUCUAUUUUCCUGCA